AUGGUUAUGAUAUCGAAUUGUUUCCCUUCCCUUGAAGAACUUGACCUUAGUAACCCUAAAAAAGAUGGAAAUUUUGCUGCAAAAGCUAUGCUUUUGGAGCUUCCUAAGCUCCACAAGGUUAAUCUCUCUGGUCAUCACUAUGCAAAUGACUCGUUGCUUUUGCACUUGUGUAAAAAUUGUGUAUUUCUUCAAGAGAUUUUGAUGUUGAACACUUACAAUUUAACCGACAAUGACAUUGCUUCUGCUAUUCGUGAGAGACCCGGUUUGAGGUCUAUCUCCAUAACUAGAAUGACGUUUGGAAAUCUCAACAUUUUUAUUCAGUCGUUGGUGAAUUUGAUGGGCUUAACUUGUCUUGAUUUAUCAUAUUCGUUUAUCCCAGAUGAAUUGCUUUCAUCUGUUGCAGAGAAAGGUCUUCCGAUUAGGAAACUCUUCCUCCAAGGAUGCUUUGAUACUUAUGUUGGAAUCUUUAACUUAUUGUCAAAGUGUCAAUUUAUUCAAUAUUUGGAUCUUCAAAAUUCCAAGUUUAUGAAUGAUUUGCAUGUCAUUGAGUUGUCUUCGUUUCUUAGUGAUUUGUUGUCUAUAAACAUUAGUAAAUGUGAUAGCCUCACACAUUUAGCCUUGUUUGCACUCCUUAAGAAUUGUGUGAAACUAAGUGACGUCAAAAUGGAAUACACAACUAUUGGGAAAAUGAGCGUAGAGAACUCUUAUACCUUGAUGGAUUUUGAUGUAUACCCUCAAUUGAAGUCUCUCCGUUUAGCUAACAACCCAUUCUUGAGGGAUGAAGACAUUGAUAUGUUUGUUUCCGUUUUCCCCAAUUUACAACUCUUAGAUUUGAGCUAUUUCUAUGGAAUAUCUACAGAAGGAAUUGGUCAAGUUUUAAGGAAAAGUAGUAAGAUUAGGCAUUUGAACUGA